UGUGCCGCUCUCUUCUCUUUAGUGGUAGAGACGAGAGCUCCCGUUGUGUGAGCAACUCAAUCACAUCGUCUCACGUCGUUUGCGGAUUUUUCUCGGAUCUAAUUUUUGUACUUUUACCGGAAGUUCACCGGGAAGCGCACUCGGUUUGGAGUUUAUAAGAAUCUGCGGGGAAUGAAAGUGGAGCGGACGCCUCAAACAAAGUAAUCAGAGGAGGAGGUAGACCUGUGUUUGAUGGCUGCUGGGGAUGGAGCCCAGCUGCCGGCCACCGUAGCGGCCAGCCGGAGCGUGGAGAAGGCGCUGGAGGAGGCUGCAGCGAGCGGGGCUCUCAACUUAUCCAACCGAAAACUGAAGGAGUUUCCCCGCAGCGCCAAGAACUACGACCUGUCCGACAUAACACACGCAGAUUUGUCUAAGAACCGUCUGUGCGAGCUGCCGGACGAGCUCUGUCAGUUCAUCUCUCUGGAGACGCUCAGCCUUUACCACAAUGGGAUGCGUUCGUUGUCCUCCAGCCUGGGCAACCUGCAGGCCCUCACCUACCUCAACCUCAGUCGAAAUCUUCUGUCCAGUUUGCCCCCGUCGGUGUUUCAGCUCCCCCUCCUGAGAGUGCUCAUCGUCAGCAACAACAAGCUGGGUUCACUGCCCGCCUCCAUAUUCUCCCUCACUCACCUCCGACAGCUGGAUGUAAGCUGUAAUGAGCUGCAGUGUUUGCCCGCAGAGCUCGGACAGCUCGAGUGUCUGAGGGACUUGAACCUGCGAAGGAACCAGAUCACCACUUUGCCUGAAGAAAUAUCCGAGCUCCCUCUCGUCCGGCUCGAUGUCUCCUGCAACCGCAUUUCCCACGUGCCCUUGUGUUACCGCCACCUGCGGCACCUCCAGAGCAUUUCACUGGACAACAACCCCCUGCAGAUGCCCCCCGCGCAGAUCUGCUCCAAGGGCAAAUACCACAUCUUCAAGUUCCUCAACAUGGAGGCAUGCAAGAGGAGCACGGACGAGCUGGAGAGACACCUGAGGCCCACAGGCUUCAACAGCUGCCUGUCGGACCAGGAGCUGUUCUCAGGUCAGUUUGGAGGUCUGGACUCUGGAUUCAACAGCGUGGACAGCGGCAGCAAACGUUGGUCUGGAAACGAGUCAGCAGAUGACUUCUCGGAGCGCUCCCUCCGUCUGGCCGAGGUCAGCAGGGACCAGAGGAACCUGGAGGAGGAGGACGAGGAGGAGGAGGAGGAGGACAGAUCUCCUGUGGAGGCAAACAAAGUGAACGGAGAGGCCGUGCACGUGGACUUCAUCGACAGCAGUGUGACGGAGGAAGAGGAUGAAGAGACGACGUCUCCUCCUCCUCCUCCUCUCACGGCACCUCCUCCUCUGGAGCAGAAGGAGAGCUCUUCAUCGGCCCCAACGCAGGACUCGUCAGCAUGCAGGUCCAGCCUCCAUGUAGACGUCGGCCCCCCUUCAUCAUCAUCAGCCUCGUCCUCGCCCCUGUCCCCCUCCAGCCCCUCCCUGGAGGAGAAGAGGAGGCCGGGCAACCUUUCAAUCUGGCAGGAGAGAGAGCGUCUGCAGCAGCAGCAGAAAGAAAAGAGCAGCUCGCUGAAGUCGGCCACCAAAGCAGGAAGUUAUGUCACAACCGCAGCUCAGUCAGGAAGUUCCUCAACUGGUGGCUCUCCAGAGAACAGCAGCUCACACGCAGGCCUGCGGCAGAGAUGUGCAAGCGCUGAUCAGAUGACCACGGUGCAUCCUCUAACUCUUCUGCAACGUUCCAGCAGCAGAACAGAUUUCCCGUCGUCCCCGAAGACGUCCCCUCCCCCCGGCCAGGCUCAGAGACCAAACAGCUUCCUGUUCCGCACCUCGUCCCGCAGCAAUGUCAAACCCACAGGCUUCACGCUGGGCGAGUCCGGAAGGUGCGAGUCGCGCACGAUGCUGCGUUCACCUAAAGAAGAGAGAAUGGACAUCACACAACUACGCAAGACUCUGGAGUCUCGGCUGAAGAUCAGCCUGCAGGAGGAUCUGGGCGAGGUGUUGUCCAACGGCACCGUGCUCUGUCAGCUGGUCAACCACAUCAGGCCGCGCUCCGUCUCAAUCAUCCACAUUCCCUCUCCGGCAGUGCCAAAGCUGAGUUCAGCAAAGUGUCGACUCAACGUGGAAAACUUCCUCACUGCCUGUCGUAAGCUCGGCGUCCCCGAGACGGACGUGUGUGUGUGCUCUGAUGUGCUUCUGUGUAAGCUGCCCGCUGUGUCGCGCUGUGUGGCGGCACUGCUGGCCGCGGGGGAGGAGAGGGGGGAGACGGCGGAGGAAGACUCCCCGCGCCACUCCUCACCUUCAUCGUCCUCCUCCUCCCUGUCCUCGUCUUCUUCGCUGCUGCCCACAGGUUUCCUGUUCUUCUACUGCGCCGCCAUGGCCCUGCUCUACGUCCUCUACUGCUACCUGUUCACCUAGAGGACACACACACUUACUGAACACACACACACACACAGCUGCAGUCUGUGUGUGUGUGUGUUUAUCGAGCACCUUUUAGAAACAGAAACACUAAAGCACAGAGCAGCUCUUCACUCAGAGAGAUGAGAGCUCGACACUGACGGACAAACAGAGAAAUGCCUUAGCAUAGUUUAGCCUUCACUCUGACGGACUUUCCUGAGGUAGAGCUGCUCAGAAAGAAUCUCAUUGGUUGAGACAUGAGCGGCCCGAGCAAAAGAAACUCAAACUCAGAAAUCCCAAACAUGUAUCUACGACGCUUAAAGCCAGCCGGUGAAGCGAUAGCUGAACAGUUCUGAUAUUAGAAACCGAGUUUAACUCCGGUGAUUACGGUACUGAACCCUCCACUGCUCUCAGGAGCGUCUGUGCUUUAAAGUCAAACUCCGACUCAAACAUUAAACGGUCAAAAUGCGUCAUCCUCUCGCUCUAAUGGAAUCAAAACGUUCCCGCCGUCGUCUCAAAGUGGGACCGCUUUGCAGCUUUUUAACCUCCAGCUAAAUGCCGUCUGCUGAGCAGUUUGUCUGAAAAUAUCUGAGCUGACAUUUGACCUCCACAAACUCAUGUUGAUUAUCGUGCUCGUCAGCUGAUGAAUCCGACACGUUUACACACGUUACACUUGUCUAAAUUGAUGUUAUUAAUGACGAUGAAUGAUUAACGAUGCUUUGACGUUACAAAUCUGUUAGGCCCCGCGUCCACCUGCCGUUUCCCCGGCCAGGAAAGCGCUCGGGAGAAAUGUUGACUCUAUGACAACAGUGUGUUGAUAAAGGCCGCUGUAUGACCGACACUGCUCUGUUACUUUUUACUGCAUGUUUUAUAUUUGAGAUUGUUUAUAUCCGAUCAGACAUGGAGCGAGGAGGAUGUGAGUACAAGCUAAAAAGCAAAAAAAUGGGGAAUAUCAAACAUUUGGAAAAGAGCGGCGGUGAUGUCAACAGCGCCUUUUUAUGCCUUUGUCUAGAGAAAGGUACGGUGGAGGGGAAGUGCAAACCAAAAUGACAAAGUUUAUAACACUUUUCCAAAGCUUGAGACAAAUUUACAAACGACACAAUCUCGGCAGAAAGGGAACGUACUGAGCGCUGGGAGUGACCCGAAAAGUGACAGAGUGAGCGGUCACUUUGUUUCUGUAGUCUUUACGCCAAAGCAAACUCAGUGACCCGCUCACUCUGUCACCUCCGGGUCGCUUAGAGCAUUUGGUACAUUUCCUUUCCAGCAGGAUUCUGUCGUUUGUAAAUUUGUCCGGCCAGACUGAGACGUAACUGUAAGAACUCGAUUUGGUGUCAAAAUCUGUACGACCUGCAGACACGGCAUGGGUUUGAUUUGCAAGACGUGAAUCUUUCUCUCAUUCUGAAAGUCUAAAAUCAAUGUGGAUGUGACAGAAUGUGGGUUUUAAAGUUAAGGUCAAAGGUUGCUUUUAGUUUUGCAGCUUUGGCCUCGAGUUAUUAAAAACUAGUCGACGGGUUUUUAUCUGAAAUGUUGCAGCGUGAAGUCAGUCGCUUGUACCUGGAAACACAAAAAGACAUCAGCAAAGUUUGAACCAAACACAGACCAACUUCUCAUGCUUUAGUCCAAAGUCUAUGCAUCAAACUGUAUUAAUCAAACUGGAAAAAGUCCUGUGAUCCAAACGAUGAUGAAGCUUUAUGUGUCUGAAACAAAUCGUCGUUCACGGCUGAGUCCUGAGUCUGUGGUUCUUCUGCUCUGCUCUCUAACUUGUUCGGAGCAGCUCCACCUCAGAAAGAUCUCCACUCUCGUCUGUGUUUGUAAAAGAGACGCUGUAGAAGAAACCUGAGACUGAACUGUGAAUGUGAUUCUUUGUUUUUAUAGCCUUGAGUUGAGAGCACGUUCUCAGAUAUGACAGUGAGAGAACCGACACAGUGCCUCCUCUCACUGAACAUUUUUUAUUUAAAUGUCUGCUAUGCUUACUGUGAGCAGCAGGGGGCGACGUCGCUGCAUUAAUCCCCCUGCAGGCCUCAGACUGACGGUACAUCCUCCUCCAUGAGGUCUGUGUGUGUGUGUGUGUGUGAAGUCUUUUUUUGUUUGUCGUGGUCACUGGUCGCUCUGACCGGCUGACUCCAUGUUUGUAUAAAUGUAAACAGGUUGUUAAAUUAUUGUUGUUUUUAUUUAUUUUGAGUUCUGUUGUUUGUGUGGAGACACAGCAGAGGCUGAAUCAAUGUGUGUGUGCUUAAAAUCACGCUCACCGCUGAAUUAGACAAAAUCAAUGUUUAAUUAUUCAGAGUUAAAAAAAACAAUCGAUUGUUUAAAACUUUUCCCGUUCGUUUGAUUGGUUAAUAAUCGAUUACCUGGAGGCUUUAACGCCUUCGACCGAGCAUCAAAAAGGCCUCUGCUGUUUCGACCGCUCGCUGAGUCCAGCUCAUUGCUCACAGAAGGUCAAUGUCUGCGUCUUAACCGAAAUUAAACCCGAUUAUUGGACUCAUGGAGGGCGUAAAAAGGAAAUAUGGAGGUCAGAUUUUUGUGAUUCUGCUGCUGAAGCAUCAUUUUGGUGUCUGCUCUUCUCAAGGCCUCUAAAACGACAUUUCAAAUAUAGUCACACCCUCUAACUCUCCGCUGAAACUUACUCAUGAUGUAAAAGAUAAACUUUCUGGAAAAAUCUACUUGAUAUUCCCCGUAUCAACAAACAGCUUCAGUUUCAUUUCACUAAAAAAGGAAAUUAGCGGGAAUGAUUCUCUUAAAGGUGACAUAUCCUCCUCCUCUUCAGUUUAAAUAAGUCUCAGAGCUCCUCAAAACAUGUGUGUGAAGUUUCUUGUUCUAAAUCCACUCUGAUCCUGUAUUUGAUCAUGUCUAUAAACCCCUCUAUUUCAGCCCUGCUCAGAACAGACUGUUUCUGUGUCUGUACCUUUAAAUAUGUAAAUGAGCUGUGUCUGACCACGCCCCCUCUCUGGAAGGGCUUGGGUGUCUCGGGCUUUCUCGCUCCAUGUCCUAUUGUUUACGGUGAGAAGGCAGACUGAGAGGGCAGAACAAACACCUAGCUGUGGGAGUGUCACCCACCUGGGGGAGGGGCUACUGCCCUUUGUGAUGUCAUGAAGGGAAAAUCUCCAAACGGCCUGUUUGAGCACAUGUUUUCUGAAAAGUGGAGCAGACAAAAGACGGAGAGGAUGGACUUUUCUCAUCAUUGGGGGGUUUGUAGACGGACUAGAGACACAUAUUAGUGUUAGAGAAACAUGGAGAAGUGGAUUUUACAGAAUAUGUGACCUUUAAAAUACGCAGUCCAAAAAGUUAAAUAUUUAAGAAACAAUUUUCAAUUUGUAAUAUAUAAUAUAUUUGGCAAAAUGAAUCAAUAAUGUAAUGAAUUAUUGAUGCUAAACUCGUUAUAUGUUACUUGUUCUUGCCACUUUUCAUUGGAUGUCAACUUCUAAACAAGCUCCAUGAGCAGAAAGGUUUACAGACCGAUGCAGAGCUGGCUAAACACUGAAGCUUCAGUGUCCACCACAUGGUGACCUGGGGAGAGACAGCUCUCUACAAUGUUUAGAAUCUGGACUGCAGUACCUGUUUAAAACACUAGGUGUCAGAGUUACAGAUUGCUCCUUUAAAACAUUUCAUGAAAAUUCCCUAAAUGAAAUAUUAUCAGUUUAAUUAAUGUAUUCCAUUAUUAUUCCGUCACGUCACCACUAUUGAACUCUUCUGCGCCGCGUCGUUAACCGGCCAGUAUGAAACCACGUCGUAUAGUUUUAUAUCUUUAUUUACUCGGGACACAAAGUGUACAGGUUCACAGUUUAUUUUAUUCAAGCGUACACGUCUCUGCUGCCGUCUGAUUGUCUCAGAUUGUCCACUGUAAAAAAGAUGUCCGCCCUUGUCUGAAGUUUUUUUAUUAGCCUGCUGUUGAUAUUAAAUUUAUACUGUUUCAAUUCAAAUGUAUAUUUUAUAAGUGAAACUGGAUAAGCAACGCUCGGUAGUUCAUCCACUGGCUUCGACCGAGUUAUAUUCUUUAUUAACACGCUAGCUGAACAGACAUACUGUUUGUAUUUUAUAUUUAUAUGAUACUCUUGUAUUAUUAUUGUUAAGUUUAUAUAAAUCUAUAUGUAAAGGUUUUUUUUCUCCGCCCGCUGUAAAGAAAUUAUUAAAACUUUUGAACUUUGAAACAUGUUGCUGAUUGUCUGCUUACCUGCUCUCGUGCUUUUGCUUCAUACGCCAACAUGUUCUGUGUACGAUCAGAGUAUCUGCAGCUGACUAACAAACGACCACAGUGCUCAAGGAACACUUAGGAGGCUUCCACAUCUCAUGAACUUCACAGGAUGGAGUUUGCUCAGGUGUCACCACAGGAACUAAAAAGAAAUAUAUUUGUCAAAUAUGGUCGAUUUCAAAUCAAUGAUUCUGUCUGAAUCGUUAUCGUUAUUACCACACAUAUAUGCAUAUUAGUGUAUAGCUUAUGUAUGUUUGUAUGUGUGGAUAUAUAUGAAUGUACAGCUAUGAAUGGUUUAUAAUUAAUAGGUUUUGAAAACAUUUACAUGAGUGGAGUGCACCCAAACCACCAGCAACAUUAGCAGAUUAACUUUUUCACAAACUGGAGAUUAAUGCAAAUAACAAGAGUGAUGAAGCGGAUAAUAUUAAUGUAUCAUAUGUAUGUAUGUUUAUUCAUACAUUCAUGCAUAGACUUCUUAAAUACUUUAUGGAAACAGAAAUGCAGCAGAAGGAAGUAGAUCACAACAUGUAUGUGUACAGUAUGUGCGUUCUUGUGGGUAGCUGUGGCCCAGUGGAUAGAUCGGGGGUUCGAUACCCAGCUCCUGCAGCCACAGAAUAUAACCCAACACAGGAAAUAGAUAAAUGCAGGAAUGUAACUAAACUUAAAUUAUAAAGUUUCAAAUAAAGUAAAAAUGCAAAAUAAGAAGCCCAGCAGCGUUUGUAGGCCGAGUGUCGCUGAGCUACGCAGACACACCAACGCAUGAAUGGGUAGCGCUCAUGACGGCGUAGAGACUCGAUGCAGGAGUAUAAAUCAGGCUUAAGUGGUGGACUUAACUUCAAGGAUAAAAACAAGCCGCCGUUUAGUGACGUCCUUUCCCGAGUAACUUAGCAACACAGUUUGUCUUAAAGCCUCGAAGCUCUGACGAUAAAUAAAAUAUAGAGGACGACCAAACGUUUCCCGUACAUGAACAUCCAGCAGAAACUCGUGAGAAGGCGUGCAGAUACUCUGAUCUGAAUCCGCUGUGCUCUGUGCUUUAACCUUUAAAGAAACAGCUCCUGUGUGCUCUCCAAACAGCAGGUUCACCUUCAUAAACAGCAGCUGGUCCGCGUGGGAGCAGGUGAGUGUGUUCGGUCAAGGUCAGGGAGAAAGAAAGGCAGGAAUCAUUCUGGAGGUUUGUGUGCUGCACCUUUAGAGAGGAGGAGACUCGAUAAACAGAGCUGCACCACUUCAGCCUGUUCACACACACACACACACCUGGAGCUUCUCGUGUCUAUUCAGACUUUCAAGGUUCAACAGUUAAUCAAGUGAUCACCAGAGUCUGCAGCACAGAUUAUGUAGAUGUAAUCAUUUCUCAGAGACGUACCUGGAAAUGUCAGUUUUGGUGGAUGGGUGAGUUCCUGAGGGGGGGGGGGGGGGGUCUUUAGGGGUCACUGAGGGGGGGGGGUUGCUUUAUCCAUGCAGGAUGGAUGGCAAAAGAAUCCAUAUUUAUUUAAACAUCUGAGAUUUUCCUGCACGGAUAAACAAAGAAAACAUCAACUGUCCAAAGAGUUUACCAACAAAGUUACACACUAUCACAACCAAUCAGAUCAGAGAGAUUAGAAAAUCUUCUUUUGACUCCAAGGUCAACUCAUUUCCUCGCAAGAAAAUUAUUCUAAUCAAAGUUCUGACAGAGACAGGGCUGUAAAAAAACGUUUCAAAGUUCUGCAGCCGGGCAUCAGUUUGUGCAGCUGAAGCUGAAAGAAAGGUGAAGUUAUAGAAAGUCGAAGUCAUCACAUCGACUUUUAAGCAACACAAGAUAACGGCAACAUACACAUCUUUUAAGUCUUCAAGGACUCACAUAUAUGUAUAUCCAAAGUCAGAAUUUAAAGUAUUUUGAAAACUGCAAACAAACUACGAGCUUCCUGUUGUUACUCAGUCUGAAUAAUGGAUUUCAAAGUUCCACCUCUAGCAAAGGAAAUAUGUGAAAGGCCAGGUCGGGAGAAUCUACGGAGCAGUCCUCCUUAAAUAAUGUAGAUAUUUUCUGGAGUGCGGAUAUGAAAACGGCUAUAUCAAUGAAGUUAAAGGGAAUGACUAUAUCAACAAAAGAGCGCGAUAAGAAAACACACUGAAGAACAGAAAACGAGUUGCAGCAGUUUAAAUAAAUGCACAAAGAUCAGAGCGCUCGUGUGCGUACAGUCUGUGCUCCGUGCACCAGUCACAGGAUGUAAAACGUCACACAUGCAGCUCCUCCUGGAAAUAUCAGGAUGUUUUUCAGGAGGUUUCUGAGAGUGUGAGAGCCCUAUCAUAGUCAAGGAUUUUAGGGUGGCCAAUAAGAUUUCACGGGGGGCCCAUGCCGCCCCUCUGGACACGCCCCUGCUCGAAGCAGAUUGAAUAUCUGACACACAAACCUACAGAAUUCAAGACGACCACAGAUUGAUUGGCAGAAACACAUCGUUUAAAUUCCUAUCAGAACUCCGUCUUUGUAUUUUAUAACAUAACCGAGCGUUUGUUUGUCGUUAUUUUGAAGCGUCUGGUUUUCCCGGACGAUGAAAAACUGACUUAAUGGCUUUUCAUUUCAGAGCUGGAGGCAAUAAACACUCCACGUUUGGCAGAGUGUGCGGAUGUCACUGAUAUCCACUCUAUAUGAGAUUGGAAUUUGUUAUUAAUGUCACUGAGCCUGUCUAAGAAAUGUGUUAACUCCUUCAGCCCCGGGUUGGCCUUUAAAGUCACACGUCAGACACACAGAACAUUGUACAGAAAGAUGGACGCUGACAGUUUCAACAGUUAAAUAUUCUUUACCCCUGAAAAUUAGGGCCGAUAUGAGAUCUUUGGAGCCGAUACAGAUAUCGAUAUUGGGGAGAGAAAAUAUCAGAUACCGAUAUAUUGGCUGAUAUCUUUCUUAGAUCUUUGUUCGAUCUCUAGAGAUAAAGAUAUACAUGUUUAUUGCUUUGAUACCUCAAAUUAUCAAACACUUAAUGAAACUCAAAUGAAAUGCUAUCUGACUGCAGAUCAGUGAUAAAUUAGCCGAUAUAGAUAGACAUUGGAUAUGCUGAUUUCGAUAUUAUCGGCUUGACGAUUUAUCGGUCAGGCUCUAAACAAAUCUU